UAUUAUCUUGAAUGUGCUGUAGGAUAACAUUUGGGGAGGCCAGCGCGAAAUAGCACCGAGCAACUAUGAAAGGCCGUUGGGCGGAGCGCUUUGCUUUCUUGUUGCUCUCAGCCUUCCUAAUCCUUGCAUCAUUGUUGCAAGCGUCUGCAAGAGGAGAUGAGUGCUUUGGCCCUGUCGUGGAGCUGGACGCAGAUGGCCAGGGCCCAAAGUUCGGUGUGCUUGGUGGUUUCGGCAGCAAUUUGACGGAGCCCCUUGUAUCGCUAAAGCUGGUAGCAGCGAAUCCGGCGGACGCGUGUGGCGAACUGGCGGGAGCACUGGCUGGCGCGGCGGUGAUUGUGGUCCGCGGAAACUGCACCUUCACGGAGAAAGCCGCCGCCGUACAGGCCGCGGGGGGCGCCGCCAUGCUGCUAUACGACAGCCAGGUCGGCGGCUGCGUCACCAUGGGCUUCGAGCCCAACGCCACGUCGAGCCUGACGCUGGCGGCCGUGUCCAUUCCGCACGAGCUGGGGCUUCAGCUGCUGGGGCUGGUGGCUGGUGGGGGCAGCGCAGGCGGGGCCGGCGAGGCGCGCGUUUCGCUGCGGCGUGUGUCCGUGCCGCUGGUAGACUCGGGCGCGGUGCUGCUGUGGGUCCUGGCGGUGGGCACCGUCAUUGCUGGCAGUGUGUGGGGCGGCCUGGACCACCUGACGCACCGCCGCACGGCAGAGGACCAGGCCCCACUCAUCCACGCCGCCCACAAGCCGGCCUCGGCUGAGACGGUUGACCUGACCCCCAGGGCGGCGCUGGCAUUUGUGGGCCUGGCCAGCUGCAUGCUGCUGCUGCUCUACUUCGUGCUCAACAAGGCCUUCUUCUACGUACUGCUGGUGCUGUUCUGCGUCGCCUCGGUGCAGUCCCAGACAGUGCUGUACGCGGCGGCGCUGGCGCAGCUGCUGCCGCCGGCGAGGAAGAACGCACACGUGCAGCUGCCCUGGCUGGGCGCCACGCCGCUGACGGUGGUGGCCACGCUGCCGCUGGCGGUGGCGGUGGCGGCGGUGUGGGCGGUGUGGCGCAACUCGGCCUGGGCCUGGGUGCUGCAGGACCUGCAGGGUGUGGCGCUGAUGCUGCUGGUGCUGCGCACGCUGCGUGUGCCCAGUCUCAAGGUGGCGUGCAUCCUGCUGCCCGCCUGCCUGGCCUACGACGUGUUCUGGGUCUUCAUCCAGCCGCUGCUGUUCGGCGGCGGCGAGUCGGUCAUGGUGCACGUGGCGCAGGGCGGCAGCAGCGGCGAGUACAUCCCCAUGCUGCUGCGCGUGCCGCACUUUGGAUUCGGCGGCCUGGCCGGAUACUCGCUCCUAGGCUUUGGAGAUGUCAUCCUGCCCGGCCUGUUGGUCGCGUACACACGCCGAGCGGACCUAGACCUGGGACUGGCGGUGGGCGCCAGCGCCUCCGCCGCCGCCUCCAUACAGUACUUCCUCAAGGUCUCGUACUUUCCGUACGCCGUGCUGUCGUACGGCGCGGGGCUGUGCCUGACGUACGCGGCGCUGGCGUUCUCCUGGUUUGGCGACCAGGGCCAGCCCGCGCUGCUGUACCUGGUGCCCUGCACGCUGGGUACCGUGCUGGCCUUGGCGGCGGCGCGCGGGCAACUGGGGCUGUUGUGGCGUGGCGCGCAUGGGCCCGGAGGGAGGCUGGGCGCGGGAGACCACGACUCGGACGCAGGGGAGGAGGGGGCUAGGUUGGCAGGUGCUGGGCUAGGGGGAGCGGGCGGGGGAGGCGUGGUGGGGAAUGGGGCGGGCCAAGUGGGGCCACUGGCGGGGCUGGCGGCGGGUGUGGCGGACGAGGAUGGGGAUGUGGAGGCGGGCGGGCGGGGUAUAGGCCGCGCGCACCGGAGCUCGAGCGCGGUGAGCGCUGCGGCGCGCGCGAGAGGGUGAUUGCAACGGCGUGGAGAAGACGCGGCCGUGGAGAAGACGUAGUGAGUAGCUCAGUGACUGUGUGUGAGCUGCAGGUACGUAUGAUUCGUGUAUUGCCCCAUAAGGCCUAGGGCGUCAUCCUGGUGCCGAGUUGUUGGACGGUAUGGGCAAGGGUCCUGUGCGGGGCCGUGUGCUUUGUGCCAUUCGCCACAUGGGCACCGUGUAUCGGUCUAUGCAAUUCAUAAGUACAGCUUUCUGUAACGCUAUUUCCUU